UCUUUCUGAACCUCUCCUGGAAGAUAUGGAAAUAUGGAAGUUAGUUCUGUAAAUCGAUGCUUUUAAGAGCGGCCAGACCAGUAUUCGUUGCCUUGGGUGCAAUAAGAAAUUGUAGUUCACGUAGAAGACCUCUAAAAAGAAACUGUAGCUUUAUCGACUUGUUGUGUUGCAGAAAAUUUUCUUCAACAAGAGGAGUUUGUCAAUGGAAUAUGGAAAGCCCUUCUAAUGGUACUGCCCUCGUGGCAGUUUGUCAGAUGAACUCAACCAACGACGUCGAUCGAAAUCUGGGGAUUUGUGAGGAUCUUGUGAGGAAAGCUAAGUCAAGAGGAGCUAAGGUUAGAUUCCUAUGUUCGCACAUGAGGAAGACCAUUUUGUAUUCAAUUCUUAGCCCCAUUCGUCAACCUUUGCAGUCACCCACGCCCCCCACCCCCUCCAUUUCCUUGAAAAAAGGCGAUGAAACAAUACCAUCUUUUUGCUCGUGAACGUUGAGGCCAUCUGCACGAAAGAGGCAUAAGAUGCCAACUUUUGCAUACAUGACUCUUGUUUUUUCUUUUGGUGCUUUUGCACUACUGACACGCACCUUACCCUCCCCUCCCCCCACUAUCCAUCUCACUAGAGUAUAUGGAGAGGGAUGUUAUUCCUUUACAUGCCAUCAGCCACCAUUUUCCAAGGUUCACAACAGAUUACAUUAAGUUAAACCUAUGAAAAAACAGCUUUAAUUUAUUUUAUAGCUCUUUUAAUUCAGCACUGCUAGUGUGAUCAUCAUCAUCAUCAUCAUUGUCAUCGUCAUCAUCAUUGUCAUCAUCAUCAUCAUCGUUUUAUUAUUAUUAUCAUAACUUGGAUGGAUAUUGGGUGAUUUUAAGGUAAUCCUUAAUUUGUAGAGGGACAAUAUCAGGAUCGUGAAAAACAAAAUACAUAUCCUUUGCAGGUUGUUUUUCUUCCUGAAUGCUUCGACUAUGUAGGUGAAAACCGUGAACAAACACUUUCCAUGGCCGCUCCAUUGGAAAGUACAAGAAUGCAAGGCUUGCGUGACUUAGCUAAGGAACUUGGAGUGUGGCUCUCUCUGGGAGGAUAUCAUGAAAAGGUUUUCCUUAAUUUUUUCUCUGUCCUCUUAGUCUACAAUGGAGGUCAAAAGUGCUGGAACCUUUCCAGUGAGAUAAGUAAAACUAGCAACCCCUCCCCUCCCACCCCAAGCAAUUUUAAAUCUUCUUUUGGCCAUAACAUUGUUAAGGGGGGAGGGGUGGGGGGAUGAAGGGAUGAACCCAAAGUCGAUCAAAAAACCGUCAUAAGGAGCAGAGUCCUAUGUAACAAUAACUUGAGUUUUUUUCACACAUUCCCACAUUCCUUUGGCCUCCAUGGAGAUUUCAAGGAUAGGAUAGUUGAUGAGCUCAAGAUAAUGGGCAAACCCCCUUUUAGAUUUAUUAGCUUUUAAUUUAGAAGCUAGCCUAACUUAGCCGUGGAGGCAUGCAUUGCCAAGUGGUUAACUCUGCAAACUCUGGAUCUGGAGGUCUGGGGUUCAAGCCUCACCCAUCGUAUUGUUUCUUUGGGCAAGGAACUCUACUCCACUUUGUCUCCCUUCCCCCAGGUGUAUGACAUACAUGUAUUGCUGGGAGUUGACCCUGCAAUAAACUAGCAUCCCAUCCAGGGGGGAGUAGAAAUGCUCCUAGGCAUGCUUCAUGCUAACAAAACUAGGAUACGCUCUGGCUGUUUGGGCCUUUGUUCACCUUUACCUUCACCUAACUUAGCCCAAUCUAAGAACUGUUUUAUCUUUAGCAGUACAGGAUACCAAUAAGUGUACUCCACUACUUGGUAAAUACAUGAACUUGGAGAAAGUUGGGGUUAUGUAAAGUUUUUUGUUUUAGAAAAGAGGCAGAUCCAGAACAAUCAUAAACAGGGGGUUUGUGAAUUAGCCUUUGAUAGUUCCCUCCACACUCCCCACUGAAAAACUGAAGUUCAUAUUAUUACUGACCAAAGAAUCCUAGUUAAGAUGCUGGAAGAAAGUUUUAAGAGAGUCUAAUUAAUGAAAAACAACAAGGACUCCAGUCAAAAGGGGGGCAGUGCCCCUAAUUGGUAAAUCCGCCCAUGGGAUCAAACAAUUUCAUAGUCCAGUGGAUCUACUUUCUCCUCCACAUUUAUUAGGCAACAUGUAUAAUCGCAUUAUGUCCAAAACUUUAUUAUUAAUUUCAAUACAUACAGGGCCCUCCAGAGGAUAAACGAGUGCACAACUCGCAUGUUUUGGUUGAUGACCAUGGUUCCAUAGCAGCUGUUUACCGCAAGAUUCACUUGUUUGAUAUCGAUGUUAAGGAUGGGCCUCAGCUCAAAGAGAGUGAUGGUACUAUUCCUGGUGACCAUAUAGUGCCUCCUGUCCCUACUCCCGUGGGAAAUGUUGGACUUGCUAUUGUAUCCUUGCUGGGUCAUGGGGGCAUAAAAUUAACAUUGACCAAGAGAAAAAUGGGCUUUGUGCCAUACAACUUGACAAACCAGCAUAAGGCCGUAUCACAACUAUAGAAUGAUUAUUAUUGUUCAUGUGAGAUUUUCUUCAACUUUAAUGAAUUGCAAAAACUACACAGCUCCCAUCUUGUUACGUACAGUGGGCCAUGUGUGAUAAAAAUGGGAAUGCCCCAGUUGAACAAAUAUUUAGUUCAACUGUAGAUGCAUCUCUGUCUCUGUUGAAACUUCUUUCAGUGGGCUUAGCCCUUCCCCUGGGAGUGGGGGUACUCCCUAUAAUGGCCUAUAUGGGGAGGCUCCGCCCAAAAGGGGUACCUUUUUCAGGUUUUAGUAUAUGAAGGGGUGGGGGUUUUACUAGUUAAAGUAUAUGAAUGGGUAGGGAAACCUGUUGUUCAGUCUUUAAAAAGCCCAAAAGGGCUAACAGAUGCAUUAUUUUUAUGGCUUUGACAAAGUUAAGAAAACUUUCUGACCCAUUUCUGGUUUUGUGAUUAUUCUACCCCUGACCCCUACAUGCCAGCUGUUGCCAUCCAGGCCCCAAUUGUUCAUAAGGUGGAAAACGCUAUUCAUUGGAUAAAUCUCUAUCCAGUGAAUAGUGCAACUAGUCUGGCUUCCCUAACACUUAUCUGCUGAACAGUGAUUUAUCCGGUUGAUUGCACCAUCUAACAUUUUAGCAAUCAGGGCCUGAAGAUGUGGCCAUUAUGUGGAGGUUUCAGUAACAGUGCAUGUCAUUGUCAGCAAAGUUGCGAGUGUCAUAGACCAAGACCUUGAUCGCAGACAGUCUAAAUUCCUGAUAGAGACUAUAUCGAGGUCUCUAUCUAGGUCUCAAGUGACAAGUCUGGCUGUAACACAGGCUAUCCUCAAACGGGUUUUCAAGAAUUGUGCCGUGUUUCAGAGUGUAACAUUUCACCCCAUGUAAGGGAAUCCGGAUUCUGGAAUCCGGGAAAUAUGUGCUUGUUGAAUCCGGAAUUUGGAAAUUUUUACUUGUGGAAUGCAGAAUCCUGGGCUUUGGAAUCCAACAUGCAGCUCAAAGAAUCCAGAAUUCCACUGAGAAUACUUGGAACCCGUAAUCCAAGUUCCACUGACAAAGAAUCCCGAAUCCGUGGCGUGGAAUCCAGAAUCCAAGACUCUUGGAUUCGCUUACAUGGGCAAAACAGUUUUUCUCUAUGCUUUAUCACAUCCUUGACUUGCUUAAUGUGAUUUGUAAAGUGCUACGAUGUCCGUUUCCCCGAGUUGUCCACCAUCUUAGCACAACAGGGAGCCCACAUACUUACUUACCCAUCGGCAUUCACACAGAUUACUGGAUCAGCACAUUGGGAGGUUUGUUUUGCUUGUAAACAUAUAGCAUUUUUUAGAUACAGGUGUGUGCUUGUUUUGCUACGUUUUGACUACGAAUCGUUCCGCCAACGUCUUAAGUCGUUUCGCUAACGUGCUAGGUCAGUUCCCCAAUUUCUUUUACCGGAUCAAUGGCUUAAAGAACGAGGUAUACACACGUGUAUCGGACUUUUACGUAUCGUAGCGGAAAGGACGAGGUUUAUACAUGGGUAAUGAUCGUUUCGUGAGCGAAACGAUUAAGACGCUAGCGAAAAAAAGCAUUGGCAAAACGACCAGUUACUAAUAAGAGAUGCUGGAGAAACUGCAGUUAGGUUCAAAAGACAGGUUUUCUCGGCAGGCAAACAAGUGAGCAAACCCAAAAAAUAGUUUUAGAUGGAAGCACCGCCAGGUAUUGUUUUGAUUUCAAAAUAUUUGUUUCCAGGUUUUAUUAAGAUGUCGUGCCAUAGAAAACCAGAGUUAUGUGAUAGCGGCAGCACAAACAGGACAACAUAAUGCCAAACGAAGAUCGUACGGCCAUGCUAUGGUAAGAAACAGGCUUGUUUGUUGAAACAAUACGUAAGAGUAAAAUCCUACUUGUAUUAAAGGCGAUGCAGAGAGGCAUAUAUCCUAGAAAGGCCUUUCAGAACCCUAAACCGCGGCUGGUAGAGAUCUAUAGAGGGUUGUCCAAUACACCCACACUGUAGCGGUCCGUAUAAUCCAUGGAAAACUAAUCUUCGCAUUUUGGGUGAUCGCUUACGGGAAGUUCGCUUUUGAUCCUCGCAUUAACUAUGGGAUUAGAUUGCAAACGUAAUUGUAUCUCUAUACAAUUUUUGCGUCUCAAGCCGUCACAGUAACACGAUCUUUGAUUUUUUUUGUUGUUAUCCAACUGUAGGUAGUGGAUCCAUGGGGCUGCACGAUUGCUCAGUGCCGGGAGGGAAAUGAUGUGUGCGUUGCAGAAAUAGACCUGGAUUAUCUGAACAAGGUUCGACAACAGAUGCCUGUCAUGAAACACAAGAGAGACGAUCUGUAUGGAAAGUUGAAUUCCUCACCGAAACUCUGACAAGAUCUUCAUUAAUUAACAAAUAGUCGAUCUCCCGAAGGCCAGGGGAACGGAGGGAAGGUUACAAUACCAUUCGACUGUUUCAACAGCGUGCGCUCUGAUUGGCUGGUUUUAGGUCACAUGACACCAGACGAUGACACUGUUUUCGUCCAUAAGUUUCUUAGAAGGUAACAGCGCUUUCUAACUCGCGCCGUGUUGACUUCUAUAUUAGUUUUAUUCAUGCCUUGAUUGAUCUCUCUGAAAAGAAAACUAGUGCCUUUUAUUUUCCAGAAUACCAAUUUUCUCCGCUUAAAAUUUACCGGAAACAAAUUUAAAACUUUCAUUCGGGACCAACUGUGUAGUGUCAGUAUUAAUGCGCAUCCAUUUACCUUAUGUUAGAUUACAGUAAAAUGAAACUUUAGAAUUCAUUAACUACGAUACACCUCCCCCUUACAAUAGUUUCUCGCGCAUGCGCACAGCUAUAUUGGCCUAUAAGUGCCGGGGUGAACAGCUCAGUGUUUCGGCCAUAUCAGGCCUUCUCGUCAUGAACCAAAACGCGGCGUUAGGCGGAGGCUAGCUACCAGUACACGAGGACGACGUAGUGUAUUUCUCUCGCUGGAUUUUUGUUCUCGUUGUCAUCACCGUAACGAGUUAGCUGCUGGCAGAGGCCUUUUUGGAACGUAACGAGAAGAUUACACUCACGAAUUACCCACCUUUUAUUUCUCAUAGUGCACGCACUCUAUAUCAAAAGUUGGUAGUCACAGAUUUAAGUCUCCAAUUACCUGUCCAGCAGAUACGCUUAUAUUCCCCACAAAGGUACGAUUAAAUGUCUUGUAAAACAACCCUUUAGUCAAGUGUACUAAAUAUACUGUGUUCUGUAAACUGCCAAUCCGGGGUAGCUUUGAUACCCAUCGACCUUCUCGAGCGUUUAGUAUUAGUGAGCCGGGGAAAACUCCAUUUUUGAUGUUCGCUGUUUCGAAAAAUUCAAUUUCACUUUAAGAUAUGCAUAAUCGAGGAGGGGUAACUGUUGAGGAAACACAGUUACAAUUUGCCAUUUACUAAACGAGUAAAACACAGGGUACGAUUUGCGACCAUAAAGCUUCUUUGGAUAGUUUGGGGGGACAGCAUGAAGUUCAACAAACAGUCCCCAUUUGCAGAUUUCCCAUAAUACACCCUGUUUGCUUCCCCAACAUUUUGCAUCAUCAUUGUCUUGGUAUGAC